ACGAUUAUCAACGCGUUAUAGCAACGCAAUCACUCUCUAUGUAUAUUUGAACAGUUUCAUUAAAAAAAAAAUAGGCAAAAUGAAAACGUUAAUCGUGGCUGCCAUAAUCAGCGUUGCAACUGCUGAUAUAACGACAUCAACUAUAAAUACGAUAAAGGAUACAAAUAAUUCUAAUACAUAUAUAAAGAAUUUUACGGACAAUACUAUUAAGGUAUCUAUAUUAACAACAGAAAAUCCUGAGUUGGUGAACACAACAGAGUCUACUAAUGUCCUACUCUCACGUAAAAAUGGAACUAUAACACGACAAGGAAUAAUAAGUGAAGUACAACAUAAUAUAUCAAAGUCUAUACAAUAUCGUAGUCACCAAGAUUCUAAUGAAAAUAAAAACUACAUCGAACAAGACGAGAAGAAAGGAUUACAAAUCGAAUUUGUUACACCCAAUGUACAUAGAAAUAUUUUAAAAAAUAUAUUCGAAAAAAUCCUAUCUUACAAGAAUAUAAAUUUAGAAAAAACAUAUAAAAAUACGCAUAAUAAUGAAAGAGAAAAAAUCAUAAAAUCAUAUCUUCUAUUGAUUUCGCAAAAAUAUAAAAGAAAAUGGAUACCAAAUAACAUAGUAAGUAGUACUAAUGUUACCGUAGGUUUCUGA